AUGAUGAGCGAGAGAGUCGAGAAGCGAUCAAACUCGGCUUCGCCUUUGAAUAAACUCGGGAAGUCGAUCGCGUUCGGGUGCGCGCUCGGUGUUCUCGUGAGUUUACUGAAACACCAGAGAGAUGAAGGACACUUGAAGAGAUCGAGAGUCGAACACGAGAGAGCGAUGAUGAGUUUUAACAGCGGUUCGAAUGGGAAGAGUAAUAGUAAUAAUAACAGGCGCAUGGGGGAUGCGGGUUUGAGGAGGAGUUCCGAGACUGGCGACGAAAGAGGUGUUCGGGGGCGAGAAGGAGAGAAGACGCCGUUUGAGCGGGAGGAAAAUCAAGAAGAAGCGGUGAUGGGUACGGUGUCGACGCAGAUGAGUGGUAGUAGUAGUAGCAGCAGCGGCAGCAGCAGUAGUAGUAGUAGUACUCGUCGUUCGUCCUCGUCGUCGUCUUCUCUGCUCGCGAAUAUCAAACCGCUCACGGAUACCUACCCGAACGCGUUCGCCUUGCCGUCCAUGUCUGAUGAACCGAACAAAGUGUGUGAACCGAAAACAAUCAACAAGGACGCGUGGGGUUCUGCCAGAAGGUUGGACUUCUCCGUAGCUAAGACUGAUACCAAUUGGCCGCAGAAUUGCGAAGGAGAUUUAAAAGCCUUGUGCGAAGUCGUCAAGGAGAUUGCGAUUGAUAGAGAAGUCUUGGCGGCGGUGGCGAAUUCCGCCGCGCCAGGAAUUUAUAAGUUUGUCGAUUCGAUUAAAUCCUUGGAAGUCACAAACUUUCUCGUCAUAUGCUUGGACGAUAUGUUGGAAAAGAACUUGAAAGAUAAAGGAGUGGCGACGUAUAGAGUGAAGAACGACGCGAGAGGGUCGCACAAAAUCUCCGCGCAAAAGUUUGGCAUCAUAAAAGAUUUCGUCAAAGUUGGGUGUUCCGUCUUAUUGACAGAUACGGACGUCGUGUACUUACAAAACCCAUUUCCGUACUUAUAUCGCGAUCACGAUAUCGAGUCUAUGUCUGACGGGUGGGACAAUCAAACCGCGAAUGGGUUUCAUCAAGUCAUCGACGAUGCGGCUAUGGGAAGAUCUGGACGCGCGCGAGUGAAAGCGUUUCGAGUUUCCGCGUUGAAUUCUGGAUUGUGGUACGUCGCCGCAACGGAAGCUUCGUAUAGGCUCAUGUCCAUUAUGGCGCAUAGAAUGGCGACGGAAGAUUUGUGGGAUCAAGCCGGCUAUAAUUUAGAAUUAUGGUUCGCCAGUCGAGAUUGGCACCAAACGAGCGGCGCGACGGUUCGGGUGAUGAAUCCGUAUUGUUUCUUAAACAGCAAAGUGAUGUUUCGUAUCGUGAGACAUAAAAAGGAGUUGGCUAAAGAUAGGCACAGACCAGUUGCUAUGCACGCGAACUACCACACGGAUAAAGAACGGAAAAUGCAACUCGUCGAUAAGUAUUACAACCACGACGCGAACGUCGCGUCUUUAGAAUGCACAGUUGGUUGUUCAGGAGAGUUAAAAUCCAUCGAGGAAUUGGAAGGAAAGCAUAAACACGCCGUUAACGAUGGGAUCAUUGGUUCUAAGAAUUGGAAGGAAGGUGCGCCUGCGGCAUAUUCCUCUCAGUGCGCGCCGAUGAAAGACUGGUCUGGGAAAAUUACCGAUUUAGGACGCUCGUUACACGCGAUUUCAAAAACACCGACACCACCGUCAAACGAUGGCAUAUCCGUACAAAUUGACGAAAUAUUAUCCAGGAAAGGCGAUGUUUUUAAAGGUGAACAGUCAUCCGCCAUAAUCGUUUCGGCCAACGAGGACAACGCGGACCAUUUGAAAGUCUUCCUCGAACGAGGCACGAAGAAAUUAAAGGUGGACAAACGUGUCAUUGUCGUCACAAAUUCACCGAAAGCGGCGAAUAUUGCACGAACUGUCUCUGAUAAAAUAUCCGUGUUGGAGUCGAGUAGUUACGAGGCGGCCAUUCUGAAAUGGAUUGCCAUGAAGCGACUGUUAGAGAAUGGCGUGCACACGAUUGCGAUAGAUCCGGAAACCGUGCUCAUGCACGACCCGUCGACGUAUUUUUAUCGAGACGCAGACGUAGAAGCCAUGUCGGACGGUUGGGACGAUAUGACCGCGUACGGCUACGACCACGUCGUCGAUGACCCUCACAUGGAUUGGUCGAGAUAUUGUCACGGCGGACGCGCAGCGAGCAGAGACGACGGGUUUGCGAGAUUUGAAGCGACGGAGGAAUCGUUGGCGCUCGCGACGCGCGUCGCGAGGAUACUCUUAGGCAUGAAAGGCUCUUCAUCCGCGGAUAUUGCAACCAGAGCACACGAAGCGUUCAAUGAAGCGCUCGAUUUGCCUGCCCACGGUGAUUAUGUCGGUCCUGGUGUCAUCAAAAGGACGCUGAAUUAUUUAUGCUUUGCAAACUCGAAGAUGAUUUAUCGCUUCGCUAAGAAGGAUGCAAAGGCGAAAAAGUUCAUCCCAGUUGCCAUACGCAUGAGUUACCACUUGCGAUUAAAAGAAACCGCGCAAAGAAUGACAGACGCGUACAAUUACUACGAGGAAAUGAAGCAGAACACCGUCCUGGGUGCGAGCGCAAAAACGAUUUCGAAUUUCGAGCGAUGGACGCACGGCGAAGGAUUCGGCGAAGUCGCCGCUGAUUCUAAAAUCCUAUGCAAAUUACGAAUGGUUUCUCCCACGGAAAGCACAGAAAGUUACUCAGAAAAAGCGCACGUGGCGUCUAUAUUAUCCCAAUUAGGCGAAAACGAACCGUUCUCCUGGGGUGGAGUCCCUGGUUUACGGUUCUUAGAACGCGGCGAUUUAACGACGCCGUGGGGUAAAGGCAAGUGGGGGUUCAUCGAUAAAGGCAAAGGACGGCUCGACAGUGUGAGCGUUUUCGCCGAGUUUGCAGGCGCGAAACACUUGCUGACUUUUGAAAACAUCGCGGAGAAUAACGCGUUGCACGAUGCGGUCUUCGUUUCCGAACGGUGCACGGACGGGGACCAAGUGAUUGGAAGAGUAGUUGCGAAAGUUAGAUAA